AUGGCCUUUCCAAGAUCCAUGUGGCUGAACUGUGUAUGGAGAGCGAUGAUAGUCCGCCUGUUACACAUGGGAUUGAAUGCCACUUUUGCUUUUUGUAUACUUGGAUUUUUGCUUCACGCUGCAGCUGUGUCCUCCCAAAAAUUGGAUGAUACCAACCCAGUGGUGACCACCAACUUUGGCAAGAUAAGAGGGAUUAAGAAGGAACUUAAUAACGAAAUUUUGGGGCCCGUUAUUCAGUUUCUUGGGGUUCCGUAUGCUGCCCCUCCAACAGGGGAGCGCCGCUUCCAACCUCCUGAGCCUCCGUCUCCCUGGGCAGAUAUCAAAAAUACCACUCAGUUUGCUCCAGUGUGUCCCCAGAACAUUAUAGAAGGCAGGUUGCCUGAAGUCAUGCUUCCCGUGUGGUUUACUAAUAACUUGGAUGUAGUUUCCACCUAUGUACAAGAUCAGAAUGAAGACUGCCUCUAUUUAAAUAUCUAUGUCCCAACCGAGGAUGUCAAAAGAAUAUCCAAGGAAUGUGCCAGAAAACCCGGCAAGAAAAUUUGUAGAAAAGGAGGUCCCCUUACAAAGAAACAGACAGAUGAUUUAGGUGAUAAUGACGGUGCUGAAGAUGAAGACAUUCGGGACAGUGGGGGACCUAAGCCUGUGAUGGUGUAUAUUCAUGGAGGGUCCUACAUGGAAGGCACUGGAAAUUUAUAUGAUGGCAGUGUUCUAGCAAGUUAUGGGAAUGUGAUAGUCAUCACAGUCAACUAUCGCCUUGGGGUACUUGGAUUUUUGAGCACUGGGGACCAAGCAGCAAAAGGAAACUAUGGCCUCCUUGAUCUAAUUCAAGCUUUGCGAUGGACUAGUGAAAAUAUUGGGUUCUUUGGUGGUGACCCAUUAAGAAUAACUGUUUUUGGAUCUGGUGCAGGCGGUUCAUGCGUCAAUCUGUUGACUUUAUCCCAUUAUUCUGAAGGACUUUUUCAAAGAGCAAUAGCUCAAAGCGGAACAGCUCUCUCCAGCUGGGCAGUUAGUUUUCAGCCUGCAAAAUACGCCAGGAUGUUGGCUACAAAAGUUGGUUGCAACAUGUCAGACACUGUAGAAUUGGUAGAAUGUCUACAGAAGAAGCCUUAUAGAGAACUUGUCGACCAGGAUAUUCAACCAGCAAGAUACCAUAUAGCCUUUGGACCCGUAAUUGAUGGUGAUGUGAUACCAGAUGAUCCUCAGAUAUUGAUGGAACAAGGAGAGUUCCUCAAUUAUGACAUCAUGUUGGGAGUUAACCAAGGGGAAGGGUUAAAAUUUGUUGAAAAUAUUGUGGAUAGUGAAGAUGGCAUAUCAGCUAGUGAUUUUGACUUUGCAGUUUCUAAUUUUGUCGAUAACUUAUACGGAUACCCUGAAGGCAAAGAUAUAUUGAGGGAAACUAUUAAAUUUAUGUACACGGACUGGGCAGAUCGACACAAUCCUGAGACCAGAAGGAAAACACUGCUGGCUUUGUUUACUGAUCACCAGUGGGUUGCACCAGCAGUGGCUACAGCAGAUCUUCACUCAAAUUUUGGAUCGCCUACGUAUUUCUAUGCCUUCUACCAUCAUUGCCAGACGGAUCAGGUACCUGCAUGGGCAGAUGCAGCCCAUGGAGAUGAGGUUCCUUACGUACUAGGAAUCCCCAUGAUUGGUCCUACUGAAUUAUUUCCUUGUAAUUUCUCCAAAAAUGAUGUCAUGCUAAGUGCGGUGGUGAUGACGUAUUGGACAAACUUUGCAAAAACUGGUGACCCAAAUCAACCAGUGCCACAAGAUACAAAAUUCAUCCAUACAAAACCAAAUCGUUUUGAAGAAGUAGCAUGGACCAGAUAUUCUCAGAAAGACCAACUGUAUCUUCACAUUGGAUUAAAACCACGAGUUAAAGAACAUUACCGGGCCAAUAAAGUGAACCUUUGGUUGGAACUGGUACCUCAUCUGCACAAUCUUAACGACAUUUCACAGUAUACCUCUACCACAACUAAAGUGCCAUCAACUGAUAAUACUUUCAGACCAACAAGGAAAAAUUCUGUUUCUGUUACUUCAGCCUUUCCUACAGCCAAACAAGAUGAUCCCAAACAACAACCAAGCCCAUUUUCGGUGGAUCAAAGGGACUAUUCAACAGAAUUGAGUGUUACUAUUGCAGUUGGUGCAUCUUUGCUGUUCCUGAACAUUUUGGCCUUUGCAGCAUUGUACUACAAAAAAGACAAGCGGAGACAUGAUGUUCAUAGGAGAUGUAGCCCACAACGUACUACUACCAAUGAUCUUACCCAUGCACAAGAAGAGGAGAUAAUGUCCCUCCAAAUGAAGCACACUGACUUGGAUCAUGAAUGUGAGUCCAUCCAUCCACAUGAGGUGGUUCUUAGGACCGCCUGUCCCCCAGACUACACGCUAGCUAUGAGAAGGUCUCCUGAUGAUAUUCCCUUAAUGACACCCAACACCAUCACAAUGAUCCCCAACACUAUACCAGGGAUUCAACCCCUACACACAUUCAAUACAUUUACUGGAGGACAGAACAAUACUCUGCCCCAUCCUCAUCCCCACCCCCAUUCACACUCAACAACCAGGGUAUAG